AUGUCUUUCCAGUCCUCUUACCGCCCACCACUUUCUUCGCGCUACAGUCUCGGUAGCACUUCCACCUACCCUGCUUCACCACCUUCUCUUUACUACAGCGACAUCAGUAGCGAGAACUCGGAGGUUUGUUGUUCCUAUCACAUCUCUUCGUCCAACGCCUGGAUCGUUCUUCCCCCCCGGAGGAACCGCAUUGCUGAUCAGGCACCAAUACAGGAUAUGAUGACCUUUGGCAAGAGCCCAGAUCCAAAUCAUGUCAGCGAUGUGAUGGCUGAGGCGCUCGAUUGCCUGCGUCGCGUGGUGGACCAUUUUCGCGCCCAGGAUGAAAAUGAAGCAGCGAAUGGCAUCGCUCGAGAUGUCCACUCCAUGCUUGACACGUUCAACCGAACCACCAAUCCUUGGGGUAUAGAAAAGUUCCAGAUCAAGUCCGCACCUCCAGCAAACCCUGGUCAGGUCACCACCUGUCGGACCACGUCUCUCCCUCAUGCAACCGUCCACGCAUCCACCUGGGCCGCUGUUGCUGCAACAGACAUACCUGCUAACAACCGCUUGGUCAAGUUCCGGCCUUCUGACGGUUUGAAGCGACAUGUAACCGACGAGGUUGCUGUCCAGCCCCUUGGUCAAGAUGAGGACAUGAGAUGCGCAUGGAUUUAUGGUUGGAACAGAAGCAGACAUGUACAAAAUGCUACGGACCGCAUCACCGCCGGUGCCAUCUUCUCGGUGAUCUAUGUCCAUGAGCAUGAGGCUGUGUGUAUCAUUUUCCAGCAUGCCAGCUCGGCGAUCUUGUUGGCUGACGAAGAAGAACGAUCCCAGCGAGAACUGGGCGUUGGAUUGUUUGGACCAAGCACCGAGGUCAGACUUGGUUCACCGUAUCCGGAGAACUCUGAUCUCUUACGCAUGGCCCCUCCUGUCAACGAGCGGCGGCGUCUUACAUUCGCGCGCCAGCAGCUCUUCACCAAUGGUAUGACCAAGGAGCGUUUUACUAAAGAUAUUCAUGACAUAGUCGGCGGACAUAAUGUCAUACUUGUUUGGCUUUUCAACACCGGAAAUGCCACGGUUGUCUUUACUGCCACAGUCAUUGCCCGACGAGUUCGCGAUGAGUUUAUCCAGUUGUCCCGAGAGCGAGGACCUUACCAGGACGUCCAAGUUGGCUUUUCACAUGAUCCAUGUGAACGCCCAAUGAACCUGAUCACGCAGAUCCCCUAUCCAGUCCCCGGAGCGGCUCCUCGAGAGCGCAGUGAUAGUGGAAAGUCGGCAUCAAGUGGUGGUCGAGGAUAUAACCCUACUCCUAAGUCCGUCCCAGGUGCCACCGCCCGCCCCAGAAAGGGCACUGACUCUGAUGGGUGGCAGACAGUUUCGAGAAAGCGUUGA